AGAAGAAAGCUAUAAUCCACAGAGCACAGCCUAUAAAUCGCACCGCUGCAUCCUCCUCUCUAGCUCAAAACAAAGCAAAAACAAUUCCGCACAUCUAGUAAUGUCGGAUCAAAAGCCACUUUUAAUCACCACAUGAUUUCACGCAGUUCUCUCGCCGCCGCUGAAUCGAGCAUGAACACCUCCAAUCCCACCGCCACCAAGCGCCGCCACAAACAUCGCAACGACGAUGAUGAUGAAGGAGACCCUGAGGUCUGGUCAACUUUCAACUCCACUUUCCGGGAAGUCCAGUCGGUUUUGGACAGGAACAGAAAUUUGAUUCAACAAGUAAACGAGAAUCACCAAUCGAGAAUUCCCGACAACAUGGCCAAAAACGUAGCUUUGAUUCAAGAACUUAAUGGUAAUAUUUCCAAGGUUGUCAAUCUUUAUUCUGAUUUGUCUUCCAAUUUUUCUACUACUUACCAGCAGCGUAGCGGCAGCGGUUCCGGUUCCGGCAAUAGUAACAGUAGCGGCAGGUCUUAAUUUCAGAAUUUGGAUGGGUGCUGAAUUUAUUAUUAUUAUAAUUAUUAUAAUGCUUGUAUGUUGGAAUAAACCAUAUAAAAAGAAAUUAAUAAAGAUGAUUAUGUGUUUAUGAAAAGGGUGAUUUGCAGAAGCACUAAUCAUCCAUUUGAAAUUGAAUCAAAUGAGGUACUUCUAGUUUUUUCUCUUC